AUGAGAAAGGGACAUCGUAGCAGCAAGUGCCCAUCCGACAAAACCUGCUUUAAGUGCAAACGACGACAUCACAGUCUUAUUCACUUCGAGGAGAAGAAAAAUCCGCCUGUAGAAGAAAGGAAACCGAUGAGUGAAUCCGAAUCUGUCCAGACCAAAAAUACACCAGAGAAAGUAGAUCAACCAGUGCAACUGACUACUGCAUCCUGCUCCAAUGAAUUUUCAAUGCAGUCCGUUCUGCUUCUUACCGCCGUGGUAGAAAUCAUGGACAGACACUACAAGCCCCACCAGUGUAGAAUCUUGUUGGAUAGCGCAUCCCAAGCCAAUCUCAUUUCUCGAUCAAUGAUGAACAAGUUAGGAUUAAAGGAGCUUCCGUCGAAUGUCACCGUGAAGGGUGUAAAUUGUACCAGUACUCAUUCAUCGACUAGCAGCGUGGUAGAGAUCCGAUCCUACUACUCCGACUUCCGAGCCAGCGUUCAAUGCUUAGUGACUGAUAGAGUGACAGCAAGUUUACCCUCGUCAAGCUUCGAUGUCAGCAACUGGAUUCUUCCAGCAGGUGUUAAAUUAGCCGACCCGACUUUCAAUCAAUCUGACGAAAUCGACAUGCUAAUUGGAAGCCAAUGGUUCCUGAAGCUGCUGCUCCCCGGGGAGAUAUCGUUGACUGAAAAUCUCCCAAUCCUCAAGGAGACUCAGUUUGGCUGGGUCAUAGGUGGUAGUUACAUGGGAAAUACGACAUCCGAGAUGGUUAUUUAUUCCCAUUCCGUAACCGUCGACGAUUUGGAUAAGCUGAUUCGUCGAUUCUGGGAGUUAGAAGAAAUUUCCAGUCCAAACCAAAGAUCCAGUGAAGAAAUAGAAUGUGAGCAACAUUUCAUGUCCACCCAUCGACGAGAUGCAUCUGGGAGAUAUGUGGUGCAGCUACCACUCAAAGAGUGUUCCAGCAAGCUUGGUGAUUCCAGAGUUAUGGCACUUCGACGAUUUUACGCUUUAGAAGGAAGGUUGACCAAACAUCCGGAUCUGCAGCGACAAUAUAUCGAAUUUAUGACGGAAUAUGAAGAACUUGGACACUGCAAGGAGGUGUUUGAAUGCCACGAUAAGCCUGAUAUCAACAAGUGGUACCUACCGCAUCAUGCUGUAAUCCGUCCGUCGAAUACCACUACAAAGUGUCGUGUUGUAUUCGAUGCCUCUGCAAAGAUUUCUGGUCUGUCCUUGAAUGACGUCAUGAAAGUAGGUGCUAUUACCCAAAGUGAUUUGCAAUCGAUCGUCUUGCGCUUCCGCAAGCCUCGUUAUGUGAUGACUACGGACGUAGAGAAAAUGUACAGACAGGUGGUUGUGGACAACUGUCACUCUCCUUUGCAACGAGUAUUCUGGCGAAAGGAUUCAUCUGCUCCCAUCCGUGUUUUAGAAUUGACAACCGUCACCUACGGUACUUCUUGUGCUCCUUUCCUAGCAACUAGAGCACUCAACCAACUUGCCAUCGACGAGAAAGAAAAAUUCCCAAUGGCAUCUGAAGUAGUCGAAAGGAGCUUUUACGUCGACAAUGCUCUGUUUGGCUAUGAUGAAAUAUCUCAAGCAUACGAAGCCCAAAUACAGUUGAUUCAAUUGCUCAAGGCGGGUGGGUUCCACUUGCAUAAAUGGUCAUCGAAUAGUUUGGAGCUGUUACGUGCCAUUCCUGAAGCGGACCGAGAGCAGCUGGUCAGCUUUGCACAAUCGGGAGCGAAUGAAGUAAUAAGCAUGCUGGGAUUGAUGUGGGACCCUACGACUGACGAAUUGCUAUUCGUGUCUAUGCCCUCCUGUGACAUCACGAUACCAACCAAACGACAAGUCCUAUCGCUUAUUGCUAGAAUGUUUGACCCCUUAGGAUUGGUGUCUCCAGUGGUUGUCAUAGGAAAAAUUGUGAUGCAGCUAACCUGGAAGGAAGACAUCGAUUGGGAUGAACAGAUCAAGGGAGAGCUACUUCAAGAAUGGGGACAUUUCCUUGCAGCGAUAGUCGGAAUCAAUUUACUGCGGCGUUGGGUGCUUGUGUUUAUAUCCGAUCUGUGGUUUGUGGUGAAGAGGCAAUUGUUCGUCUUCUGUGUGGAAAGUCCAAGGUAG